UCUUUCUCAUCGCAGGCAGCGACGACGGAUGCAACCAUUUAGGAAAGCCAUGAGGGCCGUCAAUCCACUAUUCUUGUUCUAUCUCUUUUCAAUUGUAUUUGCACAUGGAGAGCAUAGAGGAGAAGGGCCUAAACCAGGCGAAACCAUUCAAGAAUAUGCUAAGAGACAUAUGUCGAGGGAGCACCACAUCGACGAGUUCGAUCUUCCAAGUUUCCACCAACUGCAUGAUCUCAAUAGAGACUCGUACUGGGAUAAGGACGAAAUUGAAGCAAUAUAUGGCGUCCAUCACAUAUACUCGCAAAAGCAAUCGAAGGAUGAUGUUGAACAUCAGAAGAAGGCUGAUCAUAUCUCCGGGGAGGUUCUACGGCUUCUUGACGUUAACAAGGACGGUAAAGUGUCCAUAGAAGAGUUUGAAACAGUCGGCUUGAACGGUUUGCCAAACUUCGAUCAUAUGGGCGCUGAGGGACAUCAUUACGAUGUGGAGAGCGAAUUUUUUCUGCACCACGAAGAGGAAUUCCAUUCAACACCCGAAACCCAAACUGAUGAGUCCUACAACCAUCCGGAGGACAUUGAACAUUUCGCCAUGCAUGAGGCGAUUGAGCAUAAAGAAGCUGAGAAGGAAGCUGUCUAUCAGGGUAUCACUGUCGAAGAAGCUCUGGCUGCCCAUGAACAAGCUGAGAAGUUAUAUGAGGAGAAGAUGGCUGCUGCUCAGGAAGAGGUUAUUCAACAGCAACAACAGGAACAGUUUAUCGGUGUCGAUCAUCCACAUGCUGAUCAGGUUCAACAAGACUCUGCAGAGGAACCCCCAAAUCCAAAAGUAACCCGUGUAACUCCUCCGGAAAAGCAAGACCCUGCAGUGAAGUUCCGAGACGCUAAAGCACAGGCAGAAGCGAAGGGUGCUUGGGGCGAUGGGAGUGAUGGGUAUUCACCCCCCAUCGACCCAGGUGACAAAAUGAGGAAAAAUCUACCGUACAAGUUCAAAUUCCGCCGGAAUUGGGGAGAUUUCUGAUCGUUUGAAGUUGGUGGAUAUGGUCAUGGAUAUCAGGGAUAUGCACGGUGUUUAUUGGGCCGUUUUUACCAGUGCGCAAUUUCUGGAAACCUGGGAUAUCGGUGUAUGCCCUUUUGGUUCGAUUAUCUUUAAUUCUUUCCCUUUCGAUGUUCUCUUCCUACUUGUAUGCUUUUUUCUGAGUUGUCGGCUUUGGAAUUCAAUUAUUGCCUUCAUCGGUGGUGAAUCAAACAUUGCAAAACUUUAACCACUCUCGUCGGCGUCGACAGACUUCGAUUUGGUAUUGCAUCUUUCGCUUCCGAAAGGGAAAGCGAGGGGAAGG